CGGCGGCAGCCGCAAGCCCCCUUAGUGCCGCGGCCGCUGGGCUGGCGGUUGGGUGGCCGUUGUACGGGACCCCUACCUGCGCGCGGGCUUUUGGCGGGCACCGCUGAGGAGACGGAGGAGGAGGCGGCGGCGGGGCAGCAUGCCGGGUAGCGACACGGCGCUGGCCGUGGAUAGGACGUACUCGGACCCGGAGCGGCACCGGCGCCGCAAGACGCGGGUGGAAAGACAUGACAUGAAUACCCUGAGUUUACCGCUUAACAUUCGCCGUGGAGGCUCUGACACCAAUCUCAACUUUGAUGUACCAGAUGGGGUCCUAGAGUUUCACAAAGUCAAACUCAGUGCAGAUAGCUUGAAACAGAAAAUCCUCAAGGUUACAGAACAAAUUAAAGUUGAACAAACAGCUCGAGAUGGAAACGUGGCUGAAUAUUUAAAACUGGUAAACAGUGCAGACAAGCAACAGGCUGGGCGCAUUAAACAAGUCUUUGAGAAAAAGAACCAGAAAUCUGCCCACUCCAUUGCCCAGCUGCAGAAGAAAUUGGAGCAGUAUCACAAGAAGCUCAAGGAUAUUGAACAAAAUGGAUCUUCCAAAACUGCUAAGGAUACUUCCAAAGAUAACUUGAAAGAUAUUCAGCAUGGAAAACCUCGUACCUCUGGGCAUCCAACAGAGAGUAGCAAGUCGGGUGUGCCAGGUGUAUCCUUGACACCACCUGUCUUUGUUUUCAGCAAAUCUAGAGAGUUUGCAAACCUGAUCCGAAACAAAUUUGGUAGUGCAGACAACAUUGCUCAUCUCAAAAAUACCUUGGAUGAGUUUCGGCCGGAAACAAGUUCUAGAACUUAUGGGGGCAGUGCCACCAUUGUUGCCAAACCAAAAUAUGUUAGUGAUGAUGAAUGCUCAAGUGGGACCUCUGGCUCAGCAGAUAGUAAUGGGAAUACUUCCUUUGGUCCUGCUGUGGCAACUACCCUGGACAGUCAAGGAAAGCUUUCCAUGAUUUUGGAGGAACUAAGGGAAAUCAAGGAGACACAGUCCCAAUUAGCUGAUGAUAUUGAGAAUUUAAAAACACAAUUUAAAAGAGACUAUGGCUUUAUUUCUCAGAUGUUACAAGAGGAAAGAUAUAGAUACGAAAGAUUGGAAGACCAGUUAAAUGAUCUCACUGAUCUUCAUCAACAUGAGACAGCAAACUUGAAACAAGAGCUAGCCAGCAUAGAGGAGAAAGUGGCAUAUCAGGCGUAUGAGCGAUCACGAGAUGUUCAGGAAGCCUUGGAAUCAUGCCAGACCCGGGUUUCAAAGCUGGAGCUCCAUCAGCAAGAACAGCAAGCACAGCAGUCCGAAACGGUUAAUGCCAAAGUGCUCCUGGGGAAAUGUAUAAAUGUUAUCCUGGCCUUCAUGACUGUCAUCUUAGUGUGCGUUUCUACAAUUGCAAAGUUCAUUGCUCCUAUGAUGAAGAGCCGUUUUCAUAUCAUCUGCACUUUUUUUGCAGUGACGCUGCUGGCAAUAUUUUGUAAAAACUGGGAUCAUAUCAUUUGUGCCAUAGAAAGGAUGAUUAUACCAAGAUGAAGCUGCUGGUCUGGCUGCUUGCUUUUUCUUUUUUUUUUUCUUUCCCUCCCUGUUUUUUAAGUGCUGUGUGUAUACGAAUUAUUUGUCAGUUUAAAUGUGCAGACUGGAUGGAGAAGGCUACAAAGACUCUUGGACUUUAAGGUGUAAAUACAUAAAUACAUAUUUGUUGGCAGUCAGUUGCCUGUUCAAUCUAAUUGGCUAUGUCUGUGACAAACUGCUUGCUUAUGUCAGUCUUCUGCCUUAAUCCAACUGGUUUUCCACUUCACAAACCCACACCCACAAAAGAUGGUAUGAUGCUCAGGGAGGGAUCCAAGCAACUGCAAGUGUCAGGUGUGCUUUUUACUAGACCAGAGUGCAAAGAGUGUGAUCAGAAGAGAGUGCACCAUAAUGUGUGUCAGCCCUCUUAGACUGAUAAGUUAAUUUUCUUUCUGAAUCCAAUUACAAUGAUAAGCCAAAUUAUGUAGUCAUAUGUACUAAGAGUUCUUGAUUCUAAAUUAAUUGUAUCUGUAUAUGGGGUUUCUAGUUUUCUGGACCAGCAAAAUUUGUUGCUUCUGCUAGUAACCCUUUGCACAGAGACUUUAUUGUUUGUAAAUUAGACCAGUGAGGACUAUGGACCGGUUAGCAGUUGUUCUGUUUUGGCACUGUUCCUUAUCACACUCAGGAAACAGAUAAAUGUGGCAUAAGGCUUCCAAAGAUGAAGUGAAUUGAAUGACAGGAUCUCCAGACCACUUUGUAAAGGAGUAAAGCAGCAAGUAACUGGUGGGUGUGUUGCAGACCAAAGCACUCGCUUCAAGCCUUGCAGCCUGCAAGGGGAAAGGAGUAGACAGAAGGGCAACAUUUAGGUUACUCCUUGAUAGCACUGAACUCUUGGGGUGCUCUAAGCAGAUAGGGAGUGGGACUCUGGGUACAGUGGAUUUCUCUUUCUUGUGUCAGAUUAAGGAAUGUGGAAGAAACAUGAGGGAGCAGGGAGUUAAACUUCUGUAAAUAUACAAACACUGUGCAGACUCUCUUGACAAACAUUCCUGAAUAUAAUGUAUUAGCAUACAGUACCACUACUAGGAGACAGGGUUGGUUUUGUUUUCUUACUGGAAUUUAUUUUGCUUGAUUUAAGAACUGCAAAAAAAAAUUCCCUGAAAUCUGCUUGGCUUUCAGCCAUGAUGUAAAACAAGAUCUUUAAUAAAAAAACAAACAAAAACCAAACCACCACAACCAGAAUUCUUCUCCACUCACCAUUAAAUGAAGAAAAGAAAAAAAAAGUCUCCAGUUAUUUGAUGUCCAGUGUUGCUUACUUUGAAAAUAAUUGUCAUGACAGAUUUUCUUUUCAUUUGCAGUAUUUGUUAUGCU